UAUAACAUAUUCAACAUAUCGUUCAUUAUUUUUAAGUGUUAUUCAAUUUAUUGACAAUUGUUUACCUAUUGAUAGAUAAACUGAUUUUCUAGUAAUAAAGUAUAGAAACAAUUCAAUGACUGAUUACUCUUCAAAAUUGAAUGCAUUUAUUGAAUGAUUUAUUAUUUGAUUGAUUGACCUAAAGAUUGUUACCAUAAAUGUUAUAAAUGAUGUCAAAUAAUGACCACUAAUUGGCAGAUAAACGCUAAUAAAGAUAAAGAAAUGUUUAUUACAAGAGCUCUGCAAAAGAUUUUGAACGACAGAGAGAUUAAGAAGUCGUAUAACAUUCAAGUGAGGAAAGCGUGUGAAUCAGCUCUCGAUGAUAUCAAAAAUGAAUCCCAAAAGGUUUCAAAUGAAUUAUUACAACAAGAGUUGUCGUCAGCACUUCCACAACCCAAAGGAGAGAGUGUUAUGACAAUUGAUGCCGAAAAGUAUUUCUUGCCAUUUGAACUCUCGUGUCAAUCAAAGUCACCAAAAAUAGUGAUUACAGCCUUAGAUUGUAUACAAAAGCUUAUUGCUUACGGACAUCUGACCGGCAAUAGAGUUGAUCCCAAUAAUACAGAUAAGCUUCUUAUUGAUUCAAUUGUUGAGACCAUCUGUGGUUGUUUUCACGGACCCAACACCGAUGAUGGCGUUCAGCUGCAGAUAAUCAAAGCUUUGUUAACGACUGUCACAUCUCAGUCAUGUCAGGUUCACGAGGGAAGUAUCCUAUUGGCAGUGCGGACCUGUUAUAACAUUUAUUUGGGAUCUAAAAAUCUGAUAAACCAGAAGACAGCCGACGCAACACUCACUCAAAUGCUUAAUGUUAUCUUUAGUCGAAUGGAAGCGCAAUCAACUGAAAGACAAUUAAAUGGAUGUAAAGAAAUGGAUAAUUAUAAUGGUGUGGAUACCGGCAGUGAUGAUAUGCUAUCUUUGGAUAUAAUUAUUGAAAAUAUUGUUAAAGAUAUGAUUGAUAAGAUUGUAAUGAUGGAAGAAAACAAUAGUAGUGACGGUAUAGAUGUGUCAAUGAUGGGCACUCGCAUCCCAUCAUCAGAAAGUAUUGAUACAACAGAUUCUUCUGCCAUAUCCAAUGAUACCAUUCAUUUAAGUUUUACUCAUGUCUUACAAAAAGAUGCUUUUUUAGUGUUUCGUUCACUAUGUAAACUAAGUAUGAAACCACUUCCCGACGGAUAUCCCGAUCCAAAGUCACAUGAAUUGCGAUCUAAAUUGCUUUCAUUGAAACUUAUUUUUACAAUACUUCAAAACUCUGGACCGGUAUUUCAAUCGAGUGAUAUGUUUGCGGUGGCCAUCAAACAGUACUUAUGUGUUGCACUUUCAAAGAAUGGUGUCUCAAAUAUUCCAGAAGUUUUUAAACUAUCGUUAAGUAUAUUCUUAGAACUUCUUCAGAAAUUUAAAGUUAAUCUUAAAGUGCAAAUCGAGAUAUUUUUCAAAGAAAUAUUUUUAAAUAUAUUGGAAACAGUGACGAGUCCUUAUGAACACAAGAAGUUGGUCAUUGAAGCACUGACCAGGAUUUGUGCSGACGCGCAGAUUGUUGUUGAUAUUUAUGUUAAUUAUGAUUGCGAUCUUAACUCCGAAAAUAUAUUUCGACGACUUGUUAACGAUCUUUCAAAGAUAGCUCAGGGAAGGGGACAGAUGUUAGACGCCGGCAUUAUUACAGCCACUGAUGAAAGGAAUAUGAGGAUCAAGGGUCUGGAAUGUCUCGUCUCUAUACUUAAAUGUAUGGUUGAGUGGUCUAAAGAUAUUUACAUUAAUCCCAACCAAUUAGUCAAUUUUGGUCACGAAAAGACUGACAGCAAUAAUAUUAAAGAAGAUAACAUGACUGGUGAUGAUAGCAUUGACGACAAUACUUAUAAUUCACUUAAAGCUAUGGGAAGAACAUCAUCUGUAACAUCAAAAGGUCCGCUAGAAUUGGAUAGUCCGCAACAAUAUGAAGAAGUUAAACAUCAAAAAGAUAUUAUAGAACACGGAAUCUCAUUGUUUAAUAUGAAACCAAAGCGUGGAAUUGCAUAUCUUCAAGAACACAAUGUUAUUGAUGGAAGUGCUGAAAGUGUUGCUCAUCUUUUUCAUAACAAUGAAAUGCUUGAUAAGACACAAGUCGGCGAAUUUUUAGGAGAUAUCGACUCUUUUAAUAGAGAAGUGAUGUAUGCUUAUGUGGAUCAGAUGGACUUUUCAGGUCGUGAUAUAGUCGGCGCUUUGCGAUCAUUCCUCGAAGGUUUUAGACUUCCUGGUGAAGCACAGAAAAUAGAUAGACUUAUGGAAAAAUUUGCGUCUCGUUAUUGUGAGACAAAUAUAAACGGAUUAUUUUCCAGCGCUGACACCGCCUAUGUGUUGGCCUAUUCUAUAAUAAUGUUAACUACAGAUCUUCAUAGUCCUCAGGUUAAGAAUAAGAUGACUAAAAGUCAAUACAUUAAAAUGAAUCGCGGAAUUAAUGACAGCAAAGAUUUACCCGAAGAAUACUUAUCUCAAAUUUACGAUGAGAUCGCUGGAAGUGAGAUCAAAAUGAAAGGCAAUAACAAUACAAGACGUAAAUUAGGACGAGAGUUGACCAGUGAGAAGACACGACGCUUACUAUAUAACGUGGAAAUGGAGGCCAUGGCUGCCACAGCAAAAGCACUUAUGGAAAGUGUAUCACACGUGGAAUCGCAGUUUACGUGUGCCAAACAUCUGGAGCACGUGCGGCCAAUGUUCCGAAUUGCUUGGACACCAUUUUUAGCUGCUUUUAGUGUUGGCCUUCAAGACUGUGAUGACUCUGAAAUCGCCUGUUUAUGUUUGGAUGGCAUCCGAUGUGCUAUAAGAAUAGCGUCUAUAUUUCAAAUGACAUUAGAGAGAGACGCUUACGUUCAGGCAUUAUCUCGGUUUACGUUAUUAACGGCCACUUCAUCUCCCAGUGAAAUGAAGAGUAAAAAUAUAGACACAAUUAAGACACUUAUAGCUGUCGCUCAUACAGACGGCAACUAUUUGGGCAAAUCAUGGCUUGAAAUAUUAAGAUGUAUUUCACAGCUUGAAUUGGCUCAACUCAUCGGAACCGGAGUUAAACCACAAUUUUUGAAUCCAAUUAAUGGCACGAAUGCUAACACUUAUCAUUCAUUUGUAUUUCCUUUGAAACUGGAAACUAUAUCAACAUUUGCUGCCGACUCUCUCUCGAUGUCGCGAACCAAAGAUAGAGAACAAAAGUCUUAUGACUCUAUUGUUGAAACUUCAUCACAGAGUGUAGUGGUAGCCGUUGAUCGUAUAUUCACCGGUUCUAUCCGUUUAGAUGGUGACGCCAUCGUUGACUUUGUUAAAGCCUUAUGUCAAGUAUCGAGUGAAGAACUAUGCCAUCCAUCACAUCCACGUAUGUUUAGUCUUCAAAAACUUGUUGAAAUUUCCUACUAUAAUAUGGGAAGAAUUAGAUUGCAAUGGUCUAGAAUUUGGGAAAUAUUGGGACAACACUUCAAUAAAGUUGGUUCCAAUCCUAACGAAGAAAUUGCAUUUUUUGCAAUCGAUUCAUUGAGACAAUUAUCGAUGAAAUUCAUUGAAAAGGGAGAAUUCGCUAAAUUUCGGUUUCAAAAAGAUUUUUUAAGACCUUUUGAACACAUUAUGAAAAGCAGUUCUUCAUUAGCCAUUCGUGAUAUGGUUGUGCGAUGUAUUGCACAAAUGGUUAACAGUCAGGCGUCGAAGAUCAGGUCCGGAUGGAAGAAUAUAUUCAGUGUUUUCCGAAUGGCUGCCUCUGAUAGCGAUGAAUCAAUUAUUGAUUUAGCAUUUCAAACGACCUGCAAAAUCAUUAACAAUAUUUAUGACAAUAACUUUAUUUCAUUAAUUGAUUCAUUUCAAGACGCUAUCAAAUGUCUUUCAGAUUUUGCCUGUAAUCCCAAUUUUCCCGAUACAAGUAUGGAAGCAAUACGAUUGAUUCGCACGUGUGCCCGAUAUGUGGCCGAACAGCCGCAACUAUUUUGUGAUUAUAGUAUGGAUGACCAAAACAUGGGAAGUCUGACCUCUGAAAAGGAUAGAGUUUGGGUUAGGGGUUGGUUUCCCAUCCUUUUUGAGUUGUCAUGUAUUGUUAGUACGUGUAAAUUAGACGUGCGUACACGUGCGUUGACUGUGAUGUUUGAGAUAACUAAAUCUCAUGGGAUAUCAUUUUGUGAGCACUGGUGGCAGGACUUGUUUCAGAUUAUAUUUAGAAUAUUCGAUAACAUGAAACUUCCGGAACAACACAACGAGAAGUCUGAAUGGAUGACCACUACUUGCAAUCACGCCUUGUAUUCAGUUAUCGAUGUUUUUACCCAAUAUUUUGAUAUAUUGAGUCCUAUAUUGUUAAAUGAAGUUUAUUCUCAACUCUUGUGGUGCGUUCGUCAACAAAAUGAACAGUUGGCCCGAUCGGGAACUAAUUGUCUCGAAAAUCUUGUUAUCUCUUGUGGUAUGAAAUAUAGAGACGAAACGUGGAUAAAGACUUCUGAAUGUAUUCUUGAGAUGUUUGAGUCAACUCUUCCUCAAGAAUUGUUGGAUUGGAAGCCCAAUGAUAUGAAAUAUUCUCUAACAAAGAACAAAACAAAUGUUGCAAUCGAUGAAAAUGAUUCAAAUAAUUCUACUAAAUAUUUGUUUAGUCGUUUGAAAAUUCAAUGCAUCGUACAGUUAGAGUUGGUUCAGACCAUUGAUAAUAUUGUAUUUUUUCCGGCGACGAGUCGUAAGGAGGACGCGGAGCUAUUGGCAGAUAUUGAAGCGGAUGUUAAGCAAAGCAAAGAGUCGAUCAGUAAAGGUAUAAAUCGUCAGUCAGAACAACAACAAGAAGAAGAACAAGGAAUGUAUUCAAUGAUAUUAUCAAAUGUUUUGAUCCGAUUGUCUCAAUGUCUCAUUCAAUCGCAUCGAUUUGCAAAAACAUUUAAUCAGAGUCACGAACAGCGAAAUAUCUUAUGGAGAGCCGGCUUUCACGGCAACGCAAAACCUAAUCUUCUUAACCAAGAAGUCAAGAGUCUGUGUUGUUCUCUCAGAAUAUUAUUCCGACUCUUUUCAGAUGAAACUCGUCAGGAAUGCUGGCCUAUCGUCGAUCAAAAAAUAAUGAGUGUUUGUUUCGGUGCUAUUGAGUAUUACAUGUCAUUGGAAGCCGAGAGCCAUAAGGAGACGUGGACUCCAUUAAUGCUUCUUAUUUUAUGCAAAUUACAUAAACUUAGUGACGAUAAGUUUCGAAGCCAUACUUCAGCCUAUUAUCGUUUAUUUUGUGAUUUGGUUUGUUGUGAUCUAAAGCCUCAAUUAAGAUCAGCUCUCAAACGAGUUUUUAUGCGAAUCGGUUCUGUGUUUGCAAUUAAUAAUAAUAAUAAUAAAGUUUAACCACAUUUCUAGUCAUUCAAAGCAAUCACAACUAACGAAGCCUUAGAUAACUUAAUUACUGUAAAAUGAAAUAAAUUUGAAAUUUCAUAUUUUUAACAUUACCUACUAUUUACAGAUUGUAUCAUAAAUUUAAUUGUCGUC